AUGGGCAACUUCCGCAUAUAUUUCCAGCAACCAUUGCUUUUAUGCACUCUAUUUCUUUAUACUCUGGCAAAAGAAACUGAAGCUCUCAAUCCGGAUGGACAGGUGCUUAUCAACUUUAGGACAGCCAUCAUUAGUUCAGAUGGUGUUCUGCAGCAGUGGAGACCAGAGGAUCCUGAUCCAUGUGGGUGGAAAGGAGUACAAUGCGAUCCCAACUCAAAAAGAGUUACAACCUUGAGCCUCCCUAACCACAAGUUUAGUGGACCUAUAUCACCUGAUAUUGGGAAGCUAGAAAGUCUACAAUUUCUAGCUCUUCAUGGCAACAAUUUAUAUGGGUCAAUCCCUCCAGAAUUGGGAAAUCUGACUAGGUUGCAGUCAAUGUUUUUGCAGGGUAACUACUUAAGUGGAUUUAUUCCGAGUGAGCUGGGAAACCUUUCUCUGCUUGAGAAUCUAGAUCUAUCAAGCAAUUCUCUCAGUGGCAACAUCCCUGCUUCUCUUGGGAAGUUAAGCAAGCUCUCGAUUUUCAAUGUAUCAACAAACUUUUUGGUGGGAUCAAUACCCUCUGAUGGUGUUCUUGACAAUUUCCGUAGUGAUUCCUUUGUUGGAAAUCGUGAAUUAUGUGGCAAGCAGAUAGAAAUAUGCAAGAACAAUGGUGGUUCUUCGGCAUUGUCGCCCACUGAUAUAGCCCAAAGUCAGUUCAAGAAGAAAUAUUCAGGACGCCUUCUCAUAAGUGCACUUGCUACUGUGAUUGCAUUACUUUUGGUAGCGCUUGUGUGUUUCUGCAGCUGCUUCCUGUAUAAGAGGCUUGGCAAAAAUGAUAGGAAAGGCCUUGCUAUUGACGUCAGUGGAGGUGCAUCAAUUGUGAUGUUCCAUGGUGACUUGCCUUACUCUUCAAAAGACAUCAUAAAAAAAUUGGAGACAUUGAAUGAGGAACACAUAAUUGGUGCUGGGGGCUUCGGAACAGUGUAUAAGCUUGCAAUGGACGACGGUAAAAUAUUUGCCUUGAAAAGGAUUGUGAAGAUAAACGAGGGGUUUGAUCGUUUCUUUGAAAGGGAGCUUGAAAUCCUUGGAAGUAUCAAACAUAGAUACCUGGUAAACUUGCGUGGAUAUUGCAAUUCUCCAACAUCAAAAUUGUUGAUUUAUGAUUUUUUAUCCGGAGGCAGCCUAGAUGAAGCUCUUCAUGAGAGGGGUGAGCAGCUAGAUUGGGAUGCUCGUUUGAAUAUUAUCAUGGGAGCUGCAAAAGGGCUUGCCUAUCUGCAUCAUGAUUGUUCCCCUCGGGAUGAGGAAUCCCACAUCACGACAAUUGUUGCUGGCACCUUUGGAUAUUUGGCUCCUGAAUAUAUGCAGAGUGGGAGAGCUACAGAAAAGACUGAUGUUUAUAGUUUUGGGGUUUUGGUGCUUGAAAUUGUGAGUGGAAGACGGCCUACUGAUGCUUCCUUCAUCGAGAAGGGCCUAAACAUCGUUGGAUGGUUGAAUUAUUUAGUUUCGGAAAGUAGACAGCGAGAAAUAGUCGAUCCACUCUGUGAAGGGGUACAAGUAGAAAGUCUCAACACCUUACUUUCAAUUGCCAACCAAUGUGUUUCUUCAGGUCCCGAUGAUCGUCCCACCAUGCACAGAGUAGUUCAAAUACUCGAAUCUGAGAUCACGACCCCGUUCCCUAGCGACUUCUAUGAUUCAAACUCGGACUGA